AAUGUGUAUAAAGUGAAUUUGGAGCCAAGUAGGCAAUCCUUUGUAGCCAGGACAAUUGAAUUUGGUGAACGUUUCACCAACUUUUCUUCAUAUUCUGGCCGCUUGAAGAUGCCGCAGCUGGAAGUCUGGACGUGCCGUAGUUUCGUUGCUGCAAGAGGAAGACCAAACUGCUGGUGCGACCGAGCCAAAACAAGUGCUGAACUAGUGUCAGCGUGGGUCACAUCGAUUUGCAGAGUUGGCCGCAAUCAGAAAAAAGAAUUGGGCCUCUGAAGACAAGAUCUGAAACUUUCCAGUCAAUUCUUCACUCGUUUGCCGUUUGAAAACUCACCUGAGGCCACAGAAGUAGAGAUCUCGCUCCUCCCGCGUGUUCUGUUGGGUUGCCAUGGCCCGCCCAGUGCUCCUUCCCGUCCUUGGUGUGGUGGCGGCCGUUUACACGGCCAGCCUGGCCUUCGUUGGCACACCACAGCAGCAGCUUCGCACCAGCCGAGUGCCGUGCCGUGUGAGCGCUGAGUACUUGGAGCGCUGCGGGCCAAAGGACUCUGACGUGCCCUUUGAUCCUGCUCAGGCCAGUGGACCUGGAGCCGCAGUUGAGUUCAAGAAGCGACCUUUCGGUAUCCUGCGCUGGCAGCCAGGUCAGGGCAUGAAGGGUGCCAUGGCAAUGGAGAUCAUCCCCAAGUCAAGAUAUCCUGGUGACCCUCAGGGCCAGGCCUUUGCUUCCGGUGUGCAGAGUGGUUGGGUGGUGACCUCCAUCAAUGGCCAGAACGUGCAGAACGAGGAUUUCGGCAAGAUCAUGGACUUGCUUGACGAUGAAGUGGCAGACCCCCGCUUCUCCAAGUCAACUGCUUUGGCGCUGGAGAAGCAGGGAGGACGCCUUGCGGAGCCAGCAGCAGCACCAUUGCAGGUCCAGUUCAACUCCAUCCCAGGCUACGUUUACAAGGGUGCGCAACUGAAGGAGGAUGGCCAGGAUGGCUUCGCUCGCUGAGCU